AUGUUGCGGGCGCCAAGGAAAAGCGAUGGCACCUACUGUGAUGGUUCAGUGGUGAAGCGUUGUCCCAGUGAGGCGGUCGAGACAGUCUGUCGAGGUGUUGAUUGCCAGGCAAGCCUAGUUGCUCGGACUGCUAGCUGCGGAAGCGCCACUUUUUGCUAUGCCAAGAGUGAUGGCAGCCACUGCGAUGGAGCAUACUUGAAGACUUGCUCUGACAGCACCCAGACUGCCCUGCUCUAUUGCGGUGUAUGCUCGGAAGGUACCGUGGGGGUUGCUGAAUGUGGUACUGUCCGCUUCUGCGCUACGAAGAUUAGUGGCGACUAUUGUGACGGCGAUGUCUGGAAGCAGUGCGACGGCUCAUCAACCCCAAGAUCUGUGCUCUUCUGCGAAGCAGGCUGCGUGCAGUGGCGGACGGGUGUUGCUGGCUGUGGACAAGAAAAUGACGGUUGGCUUAGCAAUGCACCUGGCCACCAAAUUGGAGCAACGGCAGCCGCUGCAGCCUUGCCAUUGCUUCUACAGUGA